AUGAGAACAAAUCCAAGACAAUUCUUACAUUCGCUGGCAAUCCUGUCACCGCUCUGCCUAUUGUAUUUUGGGAGCACGCCUACGGAUGCCUUUGCUCCCACCCUAUGGCAGAAUUCCAAGCUAUCGACAAUGCAACUGUAUGCUGAUGAAACAAAUGAGAAGGACCUUCCUGGGAUUCCCACAGAAUGGCGUGGCGAAGUCUUGCAAUCUCUCAAGGCCGUGAUUGACCCCGAUUUGAAUCAGGACAUUGUUACACUCGGCUUUGUACAAAAUCUAAGUUUGGAUGAAGAUACCCGCGAAGUAAAAUUUGAUGUCGAAUUGACCACUCCCGCCUGUCCAGUCAAGGAACAAUUCCAAAUGGAUUGUCAAAAAUUGGUGGAAGACUUGCCUUGGACCGGCCCAGUGACUGUCCAAAUGACCGCUCAGCCUUCUGUUAUGGAAACUUCUACCUUUGGAAUGGCCCAAGUAGGCGCCGUCAUUGCUGUCAGCUCUUGUAAGGGUGGAGUGGGCAAGUCUACGACUGCCGUUAACUUGGCAUAUGCCUUGCAAAGCAUGGGCGCCUCGGUCGGUAUUUUUGACGCGGAUGUCUAUGGACCUUCUUUGCCUACUAUGAUCACCCCCGACGAUGACAUUGUUCGCUUUGUGGGACGGCAGGUCGCGCCCCUCCAACGCAAUGGCGUCAAGUUGAUGAGUUUUGGUUAUGUCAAUGAUGGUUCGGCGAUUAUGCGUGGCCCCAUGGUGACUCAACUGUUGGAUCAAUUCUUGAGUGUGACGCAUUGGGGGCCCUUAGAUUACUUGAUUUUGGACAUGCCUCCGGGAACGGGAGACAUCCAAUUAACACUGACUCAACGAUUAAAUAUUACUGCAGCUGUCAUUGUCACCACGCCACAAGAAUUGAGCUUUGCGGAUGUGGUCCGCGGAGUAGAAAUGUUUGACUCGGUCAAUGUUCCUUGUGUGGCAGUCGUUGAGAAUAUGGCCUAUUACAAAGUGGAGAAGGAAAAUCAAUUCGAUAUGGAUCAGCUUAAGGAGGCUAUUGGAGAAACAUUGGAAGCCAAGGGAAUGUUGAACGGUGAUGAGGGCGACAAGACCAGCAAGGAAAAGAAAAAGGAAAAAGAUGCCCUGGUGGACGAGUUGGUUCAAGUUGUCAUGAAAAAUACCAAGGAAGAAAAGAUCCAAAUCUUUGGACCAGGGCACAAGCGUCGUCUGUCGGAACAGUGGGGCAUUGAUCAUACCUUUUCGAUGCCUCUUUUGAACCAAAUUGCUUCCAACGGAGAUUCGGGAACUCCUUAUAUCCUUGAGCAUCCCGAUUCGGAGCAAGCUUCCAUUUACAAAUCCCUCGCUGCAUCUGUCGUCACUGAAGUUGCCAAGACCAAGUACCGCCAACAACGACCAUCCAUCGUCUUCGACGAAGAUUUGCACAUUUUGGUGAUUGACGAAGAAGAAGCAAUGACGACUGCCAAUUUGCGACGAGCCUGUCGGUGUGCCGCAUGUGUGGAAGAAAUGACUGGUCGUCAAAUCUUGAAACCUGCCGACAUUCCAGAGAGCGUCAAACCCUUGAAGAUGGCGCCGACUGGGAACUAUGCCCUGUCGGUGGACUGGUCGGACGGACAUAAAUCCUUGUAUCCUUACCGACAAAUUCGAUCGUUGUUGGACGAACAAAACGAAGAAGCAACUGUAGAAGGAAAAAAGGAAGUUGCUGGAGUGCCAUAA